AUGGGGAUCUUCAAUGCCGUCCUUUUAGUUCUCUUCCUCAUGUAUGAGAAAACGAAACAUGUCCCUGCGUUUAUUGCGCAAGCCGGUCCUAUCAUUGAAGACGACCCAGAAAUUGAAAUAAAAGAAGAUGGCCUGGUCAAAUUUGACUCGGUACCUGCAGCCAAAGGCCUCUCUAUCAUUGAUCAGGCUCGUUCCCACCAUGUGCUGGACAUUACCGUACCGCAGAACUCAUGGCGCAAGCGAAUUGCCCUGUAA